GGGCUAUGUGCGAGGAUAAAGUGCAUCAGUGCGGGGACAGCCAGCCUAGGGGGCACUUCCGAGCAGGCGGAGAGAAGCAGAAACAAAGAGAAGGGAGGACAUGAGCGAAGGCGAAGGGAGGGAGCAGGGGAUCAGCUGAGUCCAAUCCCGACAGGAAAGCUCUUCCCCUCCGGCACAGCCCCGAGAGGCGCAGGGACGGCUUCUCCCCCCUGCUCUCCCGCUCUGGUCAAGAAGACACAAAGAAUCGAGCGGCCCCAUGGGGAAAGGGGGUGAGCAAGGGGGGGACUCGGGGGAGCCGGCGGCGCAGAUCCGCUUCUACACCUGGGAGGAGAUCCAGAAGCACAACCUGAGGACGGACAAGUGGCUGGUGAUAGAGCGAAAGGUUUAUAAUGUCACCAAGUGGGCAAAGAGGCACCCGGGGGGCCAGCGAGUCAUCAGCCACUGCGCCGGCGAAGAUGCCACGGAUGCAUUCCAGGCCUUCCACAUCAAUCCCACCUUGGUGCAGAAGUUUCUCAAGCCCCUGCUUAUUGGAGAACUCGCUCCAGGGGAGCCCAGCCAGGACCGAGACAAAAAUUCCCAGCUGGUGGAAGAUUUCCGGACCCUGAGGAAGACAGCAGAGGACAUGAACCUGUUCCAAGCCAGCCCCUUGUUCUUCUCCUGUUACCUGGGACACAUCAUUGUCAUGGAAGUUUUGGCUUGGCUCAUGAUUUCCUACUUUGGGACCGGCUGGAUCACAACCCUCAUCCUUGCCUGCAUCCUUACAACUUCCCAGGCCCAGGCGGGUUGGCUGCAACAUGAUUUUGGACACCUCUCUGUCUUCAAGAAGUCUUCCUGGAACCACAUCGUCCACAAGUUUGUCAUUGGACACCUGAAGGGUGCCUCUGCAAACUGGUGGAACCACCGCCACUUCCAGCACCACGCCAAGCCCAACAUCUUCCAGAAGGACCCAGAUGUGAACAUGCUGCACAUUUUUGUCCUGGGAGACACACAGCCCGUUGAGUAUGGCAAGAAGAAGCUGAAGUACCUGCCUUACAACCACCAGCACGAGUACUUCUUCCUCAUCUUCCCACCUCUGCUCAUCCCUGUGUAUUUCCAAAUCCAAAUCAUCUCGACCAUGAUCAAGCGCAGGUUCUGGGCGGACCUGGCCUGGGCCAUCAGCUACUACCUGCGCUAUUUCAUCACCUACAUCCCGUUCUACGGCGUCCUGGGAUCCCUGUGUCUCCUCACGUUUGUCAGGUUUCUAGAGAGUCACUGGUUCGUGUGGGUCACCCAGAUGAAUCACAUUCCAAUGGAAAUUGAUUCUGAGAAGCACAGAGACUGGCUGAGCUCCCAGAUGGCAGCAACCUGCAACAUUGAGCAGUCCUUUUUCAACGACUGGUUCACCGGGCACCUGAACUUCCAGAUCGAGCACCACCUGUUUCCAACAAUGCCACGGCACAACUUCUGGAAGGUGAAGCCUUUGGUGAAGUCUUUAUGUGCCAAGUAUGGAGUCCACUAUGAGGAGAAGCCUCUCGGGAAAGCGUUCGUAGACAUCGUUGGGUCCCUCAAGAAAUCUGGAGAUCUCUGGCUGGAUGCUUAUCUCCAUAAGUGAUCAUGAAUCUUUCUGGGGAGGUGUGAGUGACCGGGAGGGAGAGGGGGGACGUGGGGGGGGAUUCACACUUGUGUCUUUUACUCUCAGAUCUCAGUCUAAAUCCAGGGUUGGAGGGGAGUUCCUGUCUUGCCAGCUGCUUCUGGUGCAGGCCCUGUUCAAUCCACACAGAUUUAAAAUGUGCUCCAGAGGGUGGAAAGCAAGGCCAGCAGUGCAAAUGUUUAAAAAAGGGGCAUUAACAUCUGACCUUGACCUUCUUUUCACAAGAUUUGCUCUCAUUCUGCCUAAACCACACAAACCCCGAUUCACACCUGGGAGUUUUUGGCCUCAGUGAAUGUUUGUGAUCCAAGGACACCCCAGUCAGCUCAUGCCUCUUUCCCAUGUUUGUGUGGAAGAGGAAUCACAUCCCACAGCACUGGCAGCUGCUCCCAGCCCUAUCCAGAGCCCAGCUCCCUCCUUUCCCUGCCUCCCCCCUUUCUCUAACUGUAGCAUCCCUUUAGUGCAAGCUGUGACCUGGCCCUGUGCAGCUAACCCCUAACCACAGCAGGGUUAACGCAGCCGUGUUUUUAGGGUCAGCCCCUCUUCCCAGGGGUCUGUAGAAGAUUUCUGGGUUUAAGCAGCAAAAGGUCUCCUUUAGGAGAGGGUCUGUUUUCUCUUUAAUGAGCAGCAGGUCUGGCACAGCGUCAGUAAAUCACACAAAAGACCAAAACAAUCAAACCAGCAAAACGUGCUAAUUGCUCCUCAGUGCUCCAGGGGAACCACAAACGGCCUUUUCACCAUCCUGCCCUGCAGAAACCCAGAGUUCUGCCUGUCUGCACAUGCCUGGCAUGGCACCCAGCCUCUUCCUGCCUGCCCGAGGCCAGGAGCCAUGGCACUGUUCACCCUUCCCUUGGGAACAAUCGCAGGAGAAAAGGAGUUCUCCCUGCAAAAGGAGGAGCUGCUCAAAUCCCAGCUGGAAUCAGCCCUGCCCAGGCUGUGCUGCUGAUCAGAGACCUUUGGAGAACCCUCUUACAAGCUGUCUAAAACUCCAUUUUCUGCCCACCACCUAAUUACCAAAAUUCACUAAUGGCUUAUCAGGAGAUAUGGUUGGACAGUUUCCAGGUGCUUCUGGAACAGGUGACCUGACCCCAAAUAAAUCCAGGGGUUCAGGUUCAGCUGCAACACAACAGAAGAGAUAUCUGGUUUAGGACAAAGGGCCAUGGUUCCAAAAGCAGCCUCCAGCUCCAGCAUCUGCCUCAGUGCUCCCUGGAAACACCAGGAGGGAGACUCUGGUAACUUUGCACGGCUCAUUACUUCCCUCAGCUCUGAAACUGGAUCCUCUCUGUCAAAUCCUUGAAUCCUAGCAGCAUCCCACAGAAUCAGCAAGGUGCUUCAUCAUGAAUAGAGACAACUCUGGGACUGCGGCCAGCAUUGCAAAAAAAAAAAAUAAAUGUAUUCCCUCCACACCCUCUUUGGAGAAUAAAAUGAGAUUUUAUCUUUG